AUGAAAUUAAUUCUCCUUUGGUUGUGCUUAUUGCUGUUGACUCUUGAGCAAAAUUGUAAAGACAUUUAAAAAAUUUAGGUGAUUAUAGCUGUUUAUCUUGCGAAUCUAAAGAUUAAACAGUUUGUAAAACUUGCGAUGAAAAAACAAGAAUUUUGAAAGAUGGGAAAUGUGAAUGCAAAGAUGGAUUUGUAGAAAUGUAAACCAUAUAAUCUCCUGAAUGCCUACGUAAUUUAUUUUAGUAUUUGAAGAGUGCUCCUAAAAUUGCAUCAAAUGUGACAUUACUCAAAGGGAUUACUGUUUGAGUUGUGGAGAUGCUACUUCGACUUUUAGAGAAUUAAAGAACAAUGAUUGUGUGUGUAUAGCAGGUUAUCAUGCGGUACCUUAUUAAUAUGCAUGUGAAUCAGAUGAAUGGGAUCAACGAUUAUAUACUUUUAAAUAUAAAAUUGACACUAAAAAAAAAUAUUGGUAGUAAGUAGUAAAUUUUUUUGACAAUACUGGAGUCUAAGAUUAAUUAAUUAACCUGAUAAAGAAAUCAUAUUUAUAGGAUACUUAAGAAAGUUCUGUUUACAAAUAUUACUUUGAUUUAGAAAAUAAUUAACAGAAGUUUUUUUACAAAGAUAAGAAUCCUAUCGGUGAGUACUAUUAGUAAUUGGAUUAGAAUGUAUUUGCAGUUGGAUAUUUAUAACCAAAGUCUCCAUAAAGCAUAUUAUGGGGUUAUGGUUAAACUGAAGUUGGAUGGGAAAGCAAUGUCUAUUUUACCAGCAGGACUUUAGAUGUUUAAUGGAAUACAAGACUUUUUUAAUAUUUAAAGUACGGUCAUUUAUUUAUUCAAACAAUAUUAUCAGAAUAACUUUAAAUCACGAGUAGACUAUUAAGUGAGGAUUAUUCUAAAUACAAUAUGAUUUACUUUUUUUACAUUGGUUACAGAAUAGAUAGAUUUUUGAGCACUUAUGAAUUAGAGUUAUUGAUAGACAAAUUAAUGAAUUUGGUUAAUGGAUGUAAGUCAUAUUGUUCAGAUUGUUAAUUCUAUUAAAAUCAAUAACAUUGUUAGAGUUGUGAUUUGAAUAGAGAAAAUGAUAGUGGAAAUUGUAAAUGCAUAUAUGAAACAAAAGAUUAAGCAAAAUGUUUUCAGCCUUGCAAUCUUGACAGUUGUGCAACAUGUGUUAAUGGAGUGUGUGUGAAAUGUCCUGAUGGAGAAUCUCCACCAUGCACAGCACCAAUUAUUUAAUGUGAUGAUGGGUUUUAUUUAGAUAAUUCUAAAUGCGUAUAAUGCGAGAGUCCAUGUAUUAAAUGUUCAUCUAAAACACUAUGUAAUAAAUGUAUGGACUCUUAUUAUUUGGAUUCUGCAAAUACUUGCUAAUAAUGUAAGAGUCCAUGCAAUUUUUGUAAUAAUGAAAAUGAUUGUACUACUUGUGUUUCAAAAUAUUAUCUUCUAAAUCAUUAAUGUAUUACAUGUACAAUGAUUGAUGGUUGUGAAGAUUGUUAAUUAGAAAACAAAUGUCUAACAUGUAUCUAAGGAAAAUAUAGAGAUGAUUAAUAUUAAUGCAAAAAUUGUUUAAGCAGUUGUGUUAGUUGUACUGGAUUAAACUAAUGUUUAGAAUGUAAAGAUGGAUAUUACAAUACAUUAGGAGAUUGUAAAGUAUGUCCAUCGAUUUGUUCUAGAUGUCUCAAUAGUUCUUAAUGCUCUAAAUGUGUAUAAGGGUAUUUUUUGAAAUAAAUAAAUUGUUACCCAUGUGCUGCUGGUUGUGCAUCAUGCUUUGAUAAUAAAGAUAAUUGUUUUGUGUGUAAAAAUGGAUAUCUAUUAAUGAAUAAUACUUGUGUAGAAUGCUAAAGCCCGUGCAAAUCAUGCAAUUCAAAUAUUAAUAAAUGUAUUUCAUGUGUUGAUAAAUAUUAUCUAAAUUCGAAUAAUGAAUGUAUUGCUUGUGCUAAUGGAUGUGUAAAUUGUUAUUCAUAAUAAUUUUGUUUAAGUUGCUAAAAUGGAUAUUAUUUAGAGAACAAUUUUUGCUUUCAAUGUCUUUCUGGUUGCUAAGAGUGUCAAAAUAAUCAAACUUGUGAUUCUUGUAAGAUUGGAUAUUAUUUUGAUUCCAAUACCAAGAUAUGCAAAUCAUGUCCAACUAAUUGUUAAUCGGACUGUUCUUUUUAAAACGACUAAAUUACAUGUAAUACAUGUUCAAAAUCCUAUUAUAAAAGUCCUACUUCUCUUUAAUGUGAAAAUUGUGAAUCUCCAUGUCUCAAUUGUAAAUAGACAAAAUCUUCAUGUGUUGAUUGCAUCAGUGGUUAUUAUUUGGAUAAUACUUUUUGUAUUAAAUGCACUAUUGUGAAUUGUAAAGAAUGCUCAAGUUCCACUAAAUGCAAUAUAUGUAACGAUGGAUAUUUGUUAAAUGAUAGCAAUAUAUGUGUUUAAUAAAAUAGCACUUGUGGUUCCCAUCAAAUAUAAGUGUAGAUCAGUCAAGUUUGCUAAGAAUGCUACUAGAAUUGCUAAUCAUGCUAUGGUACUGAAUAAAAUUAAUGCAAAUAAUGUUACUAAGGAGAUUAUUUAAAUUAAUGGAAUUAAUGUAGGAAUUGUAAAUAUCCAUGUAACGAAUGUACAGAUGAACGUGUAUGCACAUCUUGUUAAGGUGGUAUGUAUUUAGAUGACAGUAAUUAAUGUCAUUUCUGCGAUAGUAGUAAAUGUAAAGAGUGUGAUCCUUCAACUCUUGUUUGUAAAUAAUGCUUUGAUGGUUAUUAUCUAAGCAUUUCUACAUGUCAUUCUUGUUAACCUAAUUGUAGAAGUUGCUAGUCAGAUGUUUAAUGUCUUACUUGUUUUGAAGGAUAUUAUCUUAAUGAAAGUUCUACUUGCAUUAAAUGCAUUGAUGAUAAUUGUAGUUACUGUCCUAACUCAGGUGUGUGUCUUUAAUGCAAGUAAGCUUAUCUCAUAGACACAAAUUAGAAGUGCUAUCUGAAAGAUAGCCCAAUUCAGCUUUGCUUUAAGAGUUUCAAUGAGGUUGAAUGCGAUAUCUGUUCUUUAGGUACAUACUUAGAUACAUAAAAAAAAUGUAGUUUAUGUAAUGAUAAUUGUAGAACUUGUAAAGAUAAUUCUACUUAUUGUUUAUCUUGUAAUUUAAGAUUUUAUGUAUCUCCAUAAAAUAAAUGUGAAGUUUGCACAGCAGGUUGUUAAGAAUGCAAAGAAAAAGCAGAUUUUUGUUAAUCAUGCGAUUCUGGUUAUAUAUUGAUUGAACGUGAUUAAUUUUGUUAAAAAUGUGUUGAAAAAUGUAAAACCUGUGUAGAUACAAAGGAUAAAUGCACUUCUUGUAAACCUUUGUAUUAUUAUCAAAAUAAUGAUUGCAUAUCAUGUCCUAAUGGAUGUCAAACAUGUGACUCCUCUACCAAAUGUACUAGUUGCUUACCUAAAUAUUUUUAAAAAGAUGUAUCUUGUUUAGGAUGCCCUUAAUAAUGCAAAGAAUGCACUUCCUAUUAAAAUUGCACAGCCUGCAUCUCAAAUUUUUAUUUAGAUGUAUAUUAGUGUAAUCCGUGUCCUUUUAAAUGCAAAGACACUUGUUAUAAAGAGGGCUCUUCUAUACAUUGUGACAAUUGCAAUAUUGGCUAUUAUUCAAAAAAUAAUGAUUGCUUGAAAUGUAAAGCACCUUGCGAAACUUGUUAAUCUAAAGAAGAUGAAUGCACAUCUUGUAUAGGAGGAUAUUAUUUGGCAAUAAAUAAAGAAUGUCCAAAAUGUAGAACUGAACAUUGUAGAUUAUGUUAGAGUCUCACAGGAUAAUGUCUAAAGUGUGAUUAUGGUUAUAUCAUGACUGAUGUAGAAAUAUGUUCAAUAUGUACAACUUGCACAUGUGAUUACUAUAAAUAUUAUGACUGGGAUAAUGGAGUUUGUUUAUAAUGUGAUAGUACUUGUAAAACGUGCUAUAUUUCCCCAACCUAAUGUACAUCCUGUAAUGUCAACUAAUAUUUGGAACCUACAGAUAAUACAUGCCAUGUUUGUGUAAAUCAAUGUAAGACAUGCAAAAGUGCUACUUAAUGUUCUUCUUGUGAGAAUGGCUAUUAUUUAUCAACUGAUAUGUAAUGUUUACUCUGUUAAUCCCCUUGUGUCAAUUGUUUAGACAAUUAUAAAUGUCUUAAUUGUGUGAAUGGGUAUUACUUAAAUGAUACAACAUGUAUCUAAUGCAAUUCAAAAUGUGAACUAUGUUCUUCUGAUGUUGAAUGUUCAAAGUGCAUCCAAGAUGGUAGAACUUAUUUUGAUAAUAUUUCUAAAUGUAAGAAUUGUGAAUCCCCUUGUUAAGAAUGUUAUAAUGCAGGAUGUGUCAAAUGUCCAUCCAUGCAUUAUAUAUCUGGACAACAAUGCAUUCGAUGUUCUGAUAACUGUUUAUAAUGUUCAAGUUCUGAAUGCCUCCAAUGUGCUAAUGGCUAUUAUAUAAAUGGGUAAGCUUGUGAAUAAUGUUCUGAAAAUUGUUUAUCAUGUACUUCCACUGAAUGUACAAAAUGCAAGAUUCAAUAUUUCGUAAAUGGUGCAUCCUGUGAGAAAUGCAUGGAUAAUUGUAACGUUUGUGAUUCAACAACCACUUGUAUCACCUGCCAAACUGGAUAUUACUUUGAUUAAACACUUCUUAUCUGUUAAAAAUGCAAUGAAAACUGCAUUUCUUGCACUGCUGUUAGUUGCUAAAAAUGUGUUGAAGGAUACUACCCUGCUAGCACUACUUGUAUUAAAUGCUAAGAUAAUUGCUUAUCUUGCACUUCAACUAAAUGUAACUAAUGUGUAGUUCCAUAUUAAAUUAACAACCAAUCUUGCAUAUUAUGUAAAUAAGGAUGUAAAACAUGUUCAGAUUAAGAAUGCUACAUCUGUGAUGACAAAUACUAUUUGGAUUCAACAUCAAAAUAAUGUGUGAUCUGUAAUUCUAACUGUUUAAGUUGUAUUAGCACAGAAUGUCUAUCUUGCAACAAUGGAUAUUACCCAAAAGGUUAAAAUUGUGUUCAUUGUGAUACUAAUUGUGUGUCUUGCAAUGAAUAGGGAUGUCUUGAAUGCAAUAGCUCUUUUUAUUUAGACUAAGGGAAAUGCGUCAAGUGUCAAGACAAUUGUUAAUACUGCACUAUUGAUUCUUGCACACAAUGCGGAACAGGAUACUAUCCCAAUGGAACCAAAUGUGAAUAAUGUAAUGUGCCAUGUAUUGAAUGUACAAGUUAAACGAUGUGUACGAAAUGCUCAAAAGGUUCUUAUUUAGAUUAAAAUAAAUGUGUAAAUUGUGAAUCAAAUUGUGAUUCUUGUACCAAAGAGGGAUGUAACUCAUGUGUUGCUACUUAUCGAUUAAAUGAGAAGGAUAAAUCUUGUGUUUCAUGUUCUGCUAACAAUUGUUAAACCUGUCCUCAAGAUAAGUGUUCUCUUUGCAAAACAGGANUACAGAUAAUACAUGCCAUGUUUGUGUAAAUCAAUGUAAGACAUGCAAAAGUGCUACUUAAUGUUCUUCUUGUGAGAAUGGCUAUUAUUUAUCAACUGAUAUGUAAUGUUUACUCUGUUAAUCCCCUUGUGUCAAUUGUUUAGACAAUUAUAAAUGUCUUAAUUGUGUGAAUGGGUAUUACUUAAAUGAUACAACAUGUAUCUAAUGCAAUUCAAAAUGUGAACUAUGUUCUUCUGAUGUUGAAUGUUCAAAGUGCAUCCAAGAUGGUAGAACUUAUUUUGAUAAUAUUUCUAAAUGUAAGAAUUGUGAAUCCCCUUGUUAAGAAUGUUAUAAUGCAGGAUGUGUCAAAUGUCCAUCCAUGCAUUAUAUAUCUGGACAACAAUGCAUUCGAUGUUCUGAUAACUGUUUAUAAUGUUCAAGUUCUGAAUGCCUCCAAUGUGCUAAUGGCUAUUAUAUAAAUGGGUAAGCUUGUGAAUAAUGUUCUGAAAAUUGUUUAUCAUGUACUUCCACUGAAUGUACAAAAUGCAAGAUUCAAUAUUUCGUAAAUGGUGCAUCCUGUGAGAAAUGCAUGGAUAAUUGUAACGUUUGUGAUUCAACAACCACUUGUAUCACCUGCCAAACUGGAUAUUACUUUGAUUAAACACUUCUUAUCUGUUAAAAAUGCAAUGAAAACUGCAUUUCUUGCACUGCUGUUAGUUGCUAAAAAUGUGUUGAAGGAUACUACCCUGCUAGCACUACUUGUAUUAAAUGCUAAGAUAAUUGCUUAUCUUGCACUUCAACUAAAUGUAACUAAUGUGUAGUUCCAUAUUAAAUUAACAACCAAUCUUGCAUAUUAUGUAAAUAAGGAUGUAAAACAUGUUCAGAUUAAGAAUGCUACAUCUGUGAUGACAAAUACUAUUUGGAUUCAACAUCAAAAUAAUGUGUGAUCUGUAAUUCUAACUGUUUAAGUUGUAUUAGCACAGAAUGUCUAUCUUGCAACAAUGGAUAUUACCCAAAAGGUUAAAAUUGUGUUCAUUGUGAUACUAAUUGUGUGUCUUGCAAUGAAUAGGGAUGUCUUGAAUGCAAUAGCUCUUUUUAUUUAGACUAAGGGAAAUGCGUCAAGUGUCAAGACAAUUGUUAAUACUGCACUAUUGAUUCUUGCACACAAUGCGGAACAGGAUACUAUCCCAAUGGAACCAAAUGUGAAUAAUGUAAUGUGCCAUGUAUUGAAUGUACAAGUUAAACGAUGUGUACGAAAUGCUCAAAAGGUUCUUAUUUAGAUUAAAAUAAAUGUGUAAAUUGUGAAUCAAAUUGUGAUUCUUGUACCAAAGAGGGAUGUAACUCAUGUGUUGCUACUUAUCGAUUAAAUGAGAAGGAUAAAUCUUGUGUUUCAUGUUCUGCUAACAAUUGUUAAACCUGUCCUCAAGAUAAGUGUUCUCUUUGCAAAACAGGAUACUGUUCCGCUGAUUCUGAAUGCUAAAAAUGUCCUAGUUCAUGUAAACUCUGUACAGAAAACGCUAUCGUUAAAUGCUCAGAGUGUAAUGAAAUAACUCUUGCAUGCUUAAGUGGAUGGUAUUUAAAUAAGACAACAUAAAAAUGCGAAAGUAUAAAUAUAUUUAUAUUCUAAGUGUGCUAAAUUAACAAUUGUCAAAUAUGCUCCUCAGAAUCUAUGUGUGUAUCCUGCAAUUAUGGAUAUUAUUUGUCAGAUGCUUAGGAUUUAUGCAUAAAAAAAGAGACUUCAUCAAAAAAUUAAGUUAUUGCUGGAGUCCUAGUAGGUGGUGUGUUAACCUCCAUAUUUGUAGUAAUGGUAGCUUAAAAAUUCUCUAUGAUUCAUAUUACUACCAAAUUAUUCAAGAGUGCAUCUAUUUAGUUUGAUACAAAAUUAGGGUCAACUGGAGCUGCUCCAUCUAAUUGGGAAUAACUACCUAAUUUGACUUCAGAUUAAUUGGAUAAAAUAUUAAGGGAUUAAUCUUUUUAAAUGGUAUGA